AUGGAAGCCGCUGGCCUGGCCCUUUCCGUGUACAAGGACGUCUACUACCUGGCCAAAGGCAUAUACCGUCUGGGAAUGUCAGCACAGCACUAUAGAGAAGAGAAUCACCAGCUGCUCAUCAAGUUCCGCACCCAAUGUCUGUACUUGCGAAUGUUCAAGUAUUUCUUCAUCGCCGUUUUACGAGUGGGAACAUCAGAGGCGUUGUCUGAGAUCGAAGAGGUCCUGGUGACCCAGGUGAACGAGAUUAUCAGCUGCCUUGGACAGGCUCUCGCGCGCUACCGUGACCUUGUCCACGCAGAAGACGAGGAGUACCGUAAGCAGAGUGAUUCUUCGACCAGGGAAGAGCCCACUCGCGAAGCGUUACUCUCAAUGAACUUGAACGACAUUCUUCCCCCUCCACCUUUGCUCCAGCCCGGCUCCUCGCCAGCGGCCUUGAAAAACCAAUCCAUCUUCAGUCUCAGGGCCUGGAAAUGGGCCUUGUUUAAACGUUCUACGCUUCAAAAGGCUACUGAAAGCUUUCAGGAGUGGAACAGCGAGCUGAAAGUUUUCGAACCCAUGAUCGUUGGUGGUCUGUUCGUCAGUAACGAUGCGCGGCGAGCGUUGGAGUCCACGAUCAAGAGCGAUCCGCAUUCAGAUCAGGAAGCAUUCGUCCCCCAUGUCAAAAUUUCGCUGCUGACAGGGGAUGCCACUUUGCCUACCGUUCCAGCUGACCCCGAUGUGCCAUCGAUGGGUACGCUGCCUACUGAGGUGCCUCCUAGGAGGCGACUGGAAAAGAAGAGUUAUCCUCAGUCCGGAGAGGAGGUCACCAGGGCCAAGGAUGCCCUGCGCCAACUAGCAGCUCUGUUGGGAGCGGCCGGUGUGCACGAUUUCCAUACGCUUCCUCUGCAGAGCUGUGUGGAUAACCCAGGCGGGCAUCAAUUCACCUUCUCUUUCGGGUUUCCGGAUGGAGCGUCCGAUCGAGAACCGGUCAGCCUGCAGACAAUCCUCUCGAAGAAGUCAGGCGCUCCGUCUCUGUCCCAGCGCUUCCACAUUGCCCUAAUCAUCACCCGCGCCAUCGCGGCAUUUCAUGCCAACGGCUGGCUCCAUAAGGAGAUUAGCAGCAGAUCGAUCCUCUUUUUCUUCGAUGAGAACGACCGCUGCAUGUAUCUUCGGCCGUAUCUCGUAAAUUUUGAGUACUCGCGGCCCGACACGGCUGAGACCAACAUGACGGCCGACGAUGACCUCGCCCGGAACGUGUAUCGCCACCCGGACCGCCAGGGGUCGCGGCCGAAUGUGCGUUUCAAUAAGACGCACGAUUUGUACUCUCUGGGGGUGGUUCUCCUGGAAAUCGGCGUAUGGCAAACCGCCUUGUCGAUGAGGAACGCAAGGUUAAAGCAGGAAGGGAUGCUCUCCAGUCGCAACGUCGGGCCCAUGCAGGAUAUCUUCAAAACCAAGACUAAGGAGCGGCUGGGACAUACCAUGGGACCUGCGUACCAGAAAGCCGUGGAGAGUUGCCUGGAUGGGGCAUUUGAAGCGUUCUUGCACAGGGACAGCAUCUUCGCCUUGCAGUUCCAGAGUAAGGUGAUCAAGAAUGUGAACCCGGAUCGGAUCAGGCAGGUGGAGGAGGAAUGA